AUGGGCUCACUUCCGAAUAUCAGUGAUGGAUUAUAUCCUGCGACAGAGGUACCCUUGUUUAACACCACUACGAACACUGGAAAGACCUUUUCCUAUCACCACUCCAUUCAAAAUGCAGUGCCCAUCUCGAAUGAUAUUGACAAUAUAGUCACGAGGUUUGCACAGUUUGUCUCUGCCGUCGUUGGCAGAAAUAACGUCGCCUACUUGGUCGAAACAGACCAUCGGCUCAGCAUCGUCAACGCUUCGGUGACACCGGCCGGCGUUAAGGUAACGAUACUGCAGGAACCAGAUGAUGGAUCUGCUCUGUCAGACCUAGGGUUCUGCAUUUCCACAGUGCAAAACCGAGUCUUUGAUUUGCAAAAGCCAUUCAUCUUGGCUUUCCGAGCUUCGGGGGAUGUUGCCGAUUUACAGGCAUACCUUUGCCGCAGCCACGGACCGGCCGCCGCAGCGCAGCACCUGCUUCAGCUCGCCAUUUCAUACAUGAGUCCAGAGGCCAGCUUCAACGAUACCGAAAGAAGUUUGAUCACAGUUCCAUCAGUUUCAGCAACCCACAGAUCGCCAGUCCUCCACGACCUCCUCGAACAGGCAGCCGCUCGAUAUGGAAACACCAUUGCUAUUGAUGAGAUCACUGGCAAGCAAGGAGGUGCUUACAUGCGAAAACAGCUCACAUAUGGGGAACUUGAAAAUAAAGCCUCCAAGUUUGCCCAUCAGCUUGAUGCGCUAUUGCAACAGCUCGAUUGGCCGGUGUUUCUGGGCGAGCAAUACCUGGUGCCCAUCUUGAUGCCAAACUCAACGGAGCUUAAUAUCUGCAUGAAUGCCAUUUCCAAGAGCGGCCACGCUUUCUGUGCUCUCCCGCUAGAUGCGCCAGAGCAGAGAAUCCGGGACUUGCUUGAAGACUUGGGAGCACCGGGCAUUCUCGGUGUGGGCGAUAACCUGUGGAAAGGCACCGCAUUUGGCGAGCAGAUUAUUUGGAUUGACUACAACAACAUCCAAGCCCGUCUCGAAGAGUGCCAGCCACGAGCGGACGACGGCAUCCUGCCUCGGCGCCUCAUCGACCCUGAAGAUCUUGCAUACAUCAUAUACACCAGUGGAUCCUCGGGCAAGCCCAAGGGUGUGAUGAUGCAGCACUCCGCUGCCGUGUCAUUCCUGCACAACAUGGACGACGGGCCGGCACCUUUGCCUGCCGGCUCAGACUUCCGCUGGAUGGUCAUGUCGGCACCCACCUUCGACAUUAUGCUGAUGGACAAUUUCAUGGCAUUCAAGAAGGGCGGGACAGUGUGUCUCGCCGAGCGCAGCCUGCUCCUCACGCAGCCCGAAGCCAUUAUGCACGAACUGCGUGCCACAGCUACCUUCACAGUGACGAGCCUGGCCAUGCUGCUUCGUUCUGAGAAGAUACCUACAGUGUCUUGGCUUUCAGUUGGCGGAGAGCUGCUCGGGCAGCGUGUUGUGGACAACUUUGCACCAGAACCAGAAGACGCCGGGGAAGCGUCCGGUAGUCGCCGCCUCAUAUGCGGGUACGGCCCUACGGAGGCGACGGUAUUCAUCACAAAUAACGUUUGUGAUAAGACUUCCCGCCCUUCUGUUGUCGGCCAGCCACUGCCCAACAUGACCCUUGUUGUGCUGGACACGGCCUCGCCGGAGCAGGCACGCGCUGUCCCGGCCGGCAUUGCGGGCGAGCUUGCGGUUGCAGGGCCCCAGCUUUCCUCGGGCUAUCUCAACAGACCAGAGGAGACGGCACAAGCAUUUAUUGAGACGAGUGAGUUUGGCCGGCUCUACCGUACUGGAGACAGGGUCCGGGUUGUCUGGACCGAGGAUGGCCAGCCUAGAAUCGAUUAUCUCGGUCGUCUGAACACCGAUCAGAUCAAACUCAACGGUCGUCGCGUUGAUUUGCCCGAAAUUGAAAACGUCUUAUCGCAGUGCAAGGGUGUUGCCCGCGCCGCCACGCUCGUCUCAGAUUCGAAACUGGUCGCCUGCAUCAUGCCGUGGCAAGGUAGCAAGGAUGUCGCUGGAGUUGAACAUCGCUGCCGUGUAGAAGUAUCUAAGCAGUUGCCUGCUUAUAUGCGCCCGGUGCAGUAUUUUGUCGUGGAUGAGCUGCCACUCUCUGCCAACGGCAAGGUAGACCGUCGAGCUUUGUCUUCAAUGCUGCUCACGGAUGCGCGGGCCAUUUCUGCUGAAGCAGACACCGGUCCCACCACUGAAGACAGCAAAAGCUUCAUGUUUGCGAUGCCUGCCCUAGUGCGCUCCGCACUGACGCAUGUUCUGGGCAGUGAGGUGCGCAGCCAGCCGGAGACGGCUUCCCUCUUACAGCUGGGGCUGGAUAGCCUAUGUGCUGUGGAGUUCUUGCAGAACUUGAACGAGGCAGGUAUCGAGCCUCCGCAUCUGUACGACAUUCUCGGUGCCAGUACUAUCAGCGAUCUGAUCGCCGUGGUUGAGCAGAGUCAACUACAACCUUUAUCGAUGGAGCAAGUUGUAGAUAUGACAUCAGAUGCACAGUCCACGGUACUCGAUGCCCAGACACAUCAAGGCCCUACAAGCGCUGAUGGUAUUGAUGUGAGCAUCAUCGCAGCAUACGACGAGGAAAAAGUAUUUGAACUAUCCAUAGAUGCGAAGAUGCGUCAUUUCGAGUACCACUUGCGUCCGAAAUGUCUCGCCGCCUUGGGUCUCAAGGACGAGCAGGUUGAGCAAGUUCUGCCAACGACCAGCGUUCAGACGCGCUUUGUCGGAAACGCUGUUGAUCCGCACCUAUACAAACCAGCCGAGCUUGUCGGCCGCCCUCAAAUUCAGCACUUUCCAUACAACAUCCCCAUCAUGACUAUUGAUCCGGCGCGGCUGCAGCGCGCCGUCGAAGCUGUCUUGCCACGCCACGACUGUUUCCGCACUGUGUUUACGCCCGUCGAGCACCCGCUGGCGCCAUUUGCGCAGUGCAUUCUCUCGCCGAGCAUCGCUCGGGUGCCGAAAAUAGAGGUUGUCUGCGAUGACACGGACGCGGAAAGCCGAGAUAGCCUGUGGGUGCAGACCGUCAACGGCAUUCAGCGAGCGGCAGAGAACUACAUGAGCAUCGACAAACCCGGAAUCGCCAUGGCGUGGGUGUGGUCGCCGAGCCGUGCGCGCUGCACCAUGAUCAUGACGCUCUUCCACGGCAUCUUUGACGGCACACAGCUCAACUACCUAUGGGAUAUCGUGCUGGCCGAGUACGAGAACCCUGGCUCCGCACCGGCUACGGAUCUGCUUCCCAUGCGCAGAGCGGUGGAGUUUGCACUCGACUACGACUGGAUCGAGACAGGCAUGUAUUGGGUGCGCCGCCUCGCCGGUGUUCCUCCUUUCCACUUGGGGCCGCGCCAGCCCGUCCCGCGCGUCUUGGUUCCCAACCCUGUUGCCGGUUUCAGCGAAUCGCACAUGCGUGCCUGCGGCAUCAAGGCUAGCAUGACAUUGCGCCAGUUGAAAAAGGCAGCGCAGGCUAUGUCUGUCAGCAUGCUCUGCGUUGGCGAGCUUGCGUGGGCCAGUGUCCUCGCGCAGACGCUCCCCGAUGAUACACGAGCAGCGGCUCUUGCCGGCAAGAGAUCCUUUGACAUUCAGUGGAGCACAGUGCUUAACGGGAGGCGACACAAAGAUGCGAUGCGAUGCAUGGCGCCCAUGAUGGCCGCCGUUCCGCAGAUCCUCUUUUUUGACGGCAGCAGGCCCGUUUCCAACCGUGAAGCGUGCGCGGAGUUGUCGAAUCGGCACCAUGAGGCUCAACCGCACGUUCAAAUGCCAUGCCCGUCAAUGGCGCACUACAAGAUGGGCUGCGGCCGUUUUGACAGCGUGCUGCUGCUGCAGGCGCUCGCCCCGGAAGGUGCCAGGAGCUCGAUGCGCAGCUUGCCAGGCUUUAACCUGGAUGAAAACGUCAUGGCCCCGUUCAAGGAAAUCGACGUCGGCUUCCCGCUCACCAUGGAGAUUUGGCCAGGGAAGCUCAAGUGGGACGAGAAGAUGCUGCUUCGCUGCAUGUACAGCAACGCAAAGUACAAGUUCCUGACGCAUGACUGGAUGCAUGCGGCCUUGUCUGCAUUUGACGAAGCGCUGGUGCGCAUCACGAGUGCGCCGGAUGAGAUGUUUUAUAUUGGGUGA